CAUUUCGACUCGAGUCGUUACUUUCUCAGCCACGCGUCAGCAGGAGGUCGAGUGAAAGACGGCUGCCCUCUUGAAACGCUGGAAUUAUAUUUGUCAUUUUUCACAGAAGACUUUGGUAUUUAUCCCUGAAUAGUCCUGCAGCAACGAUAUAUCGUGUGCAAGUACAAGUCGGCCUUCGGGUGACUGAAGUUACUGCAGUCUGCUGUCCCCAGGCCACACAGCCUUUUCUAUCCCUUCACUCUUACCCUCCCAAGGAAAGUCAGACAGGAGUGGAAAUACCAGGGUGGAUUUUUCCAGUGGUCUGGACACAAACAUGGGCAACCAGUUUACAGACAUUGCUCCCAACACCACUUUCCUCCCCAACCUCCAGUCCUUGCACAUUGUUGUGAUUGGUUUGGACAAUGCAGGGAAAACCUCGCUCCUCUACAGACUCAAACUGCGAGAAUUUGUCGAGGCCAUCCCUACCAAAGGCUUCAACAUGGAACGCAUUAAAGUGCCCAUGGGGAAUUCCAAAGUCAACACAUCAACUUUCCAGGUGUGGGAUGUUGGCGGUCAGGAGAAAUUGAGACCACUCUGGAAAUCGUACACUCGAAGGACUGACGGCCUCGUGUUUGUGGUGGAUGCAGCCGAGGCCGAGCGAAUGGAGGAAGCGAAGAUGGAGCUUCACAGGAUCAGUCGGUCUGCUGAGAAUCUAGGGGUGCCUGUCCUGGUUCUGGCGAACAAACAGGACCUAGAAUCAGCCAUGUCAGCUUCAGAGGUGGAGAAAGCCCUGUCGCUCCAUGAACUGAGCUCCGCGACACUACACCACACACAAGGCUGCUCAGCGCUGGAUGGUCAGGGCCUGCAGAUGGGCCUGGAGAAACUCUAUGAGAUGAUCCUGAAGCGGAAGAAGGCACUUCGACAGAGCAAGAAGAAGAGAUGAGAAAGCUUUUUGCUCUUGAUGGCAUUCACGUGUUGAUGGGAAUGACAGCGGAAAUAAUGCCACAAAUUUGGAGGAAUGCAGCCCCAUUUGUUGAACAGGGACGGCGUCAAGGAGGACUUGCUGCCCAAUACCCGCAGAGGAUAGUACCGUUCUAUGGGGACAGACGAAUUUGAAUCUGUGCAAUAUAUGAUGAACACUCACUGACGGUCUCACACCAGUAUUGAAGGAUUUGUUACACUUUUUUUUUUUUUUUUUUUAC